UUUAAUAGUCGUCGGUAGUCAGAACUUGAAGCUCGCAUGAAAUUAUACCUGGAGGCGUGAAGCAUCGUCAACAAUUUCCGCAAGACCUCGAUAGUUGCAUAUGAAAAUAAAUAAAGAUUUAUUCAGUUUCUGAACGGCAAUCGUGUGAGAUUUGAGUAAAUAGUUAUCAUAAAUUGUGAGUGCGGAUUUUAAAAUUCGAAGUGAAGAAAACGGAAGGAUGCAUCAAAAUGUUGCAAUUUCCGUUCAGAACGCCUAUAAAUCAUAUGAUAAGAAUUAUAUCCUUGAAAACUUCUGUAUGAAAGUUCCCAGAGGUUGUAUCUAUGGUCUACUUGGUGCUAGUGGUUGCGGUAAAACAACUUUAUUGAGUUGUAUUGUUGGCAGGAAGAAAUUCAACAGUGGGGAACUAUGGGUCCUUGGAGGUAAGCCAGGUACAGUGGGAAGUGGCGUUCCAGGUCCAAAAGUAGGAUUCAUGCCACAGGAAAUAGCUCUAGUAGGAGAAUUUACAGUUUUGGAUGCUGUGUUUUAUUUUGGAAGACUAGCUAAUAAAAAUGAUUCAGAAAUUUUGGCGAAUUUCAUGGAAUUAAAACAAUUGCUCGAUCUACCACCCGAUGACAGGUAUGUGAAAGAGUGCAGUGGUGGCCAACAGAGGAGGGUCUCUUUUGCAGCAGCUCUAAUCCACAAUCCAGAAUUACUAAUUCUUGAUGAGCCGACAGUUGGAGUGGAUCCAAUUCUAAGAGAAAAGAUUUGGAACUACCUUGGGGAAUUAACACAGAAAAAAAAUACGGCUGUGAUAAUAACUACACAUUACAUUGAGGAAACGAGACAAGCAAAUCUGAUAGGUUUAUUGAGGGGUGGUAAGCUUUUAGCAGAAGCUUCCCCCAAUGAACUUCUGGCGAAAUUCAACACAAGCAGUUUAGAAGAGGUUUUUUUGAUAUUGAGCCAGAAACAAGAAGCUGGCAUUCUAGAAAAUACAUUACAGUCUCGUCCAGAAGAAUUCGACUCAAAUCUAAGCAUCGAGUCCUUACCUGAAGAAAAAAACAGAUCGAUAGAGGUACUUACGAAAACGAAUAAAAAAGUGAAGUUGAAAUCGACAAGCAGCAUGACAAUAAAUCCACACAGGGCGAAAGCAUUGCUUGGUAAAAAUCUGAAACAGUUUUAUCGAAAUACAAGUGGCCUUCUCUUUCUCCUCUUUUUUCCAUUGCUGGAAAUUCUGGCAUUCAUGUUAGGAAUCGGACGGGAAAUAAGAGGAAUACCUAUAGCUAUCGUAAACGAUGAGAAUAAAAACAAACUCUGUGAUGGCUUCUCAGUAAAUGGCAGUGCUAUACCUUAUGGAUAUAUCAACUGUCAUUUCCAUAACCUCAGUUGCAGAUUUAUUUCAUUUUUGGAUGACCCUAUGCUGGAUAUGAUAUACGUGGAUAGUUUUCAUGAAGCACUUACAGGAAUAAAACAUGGAAAAUGGGUUGGGGCAAUACAUAUUUCUGAAAAUUAUACAGCAGCUUCUGAGGAAAGAUUCAACUCAGGUCCUGAUACUACAGAUGAUGCGUUAGAUUCUAGUCAGAUUAAAGCUUAUCUUGAUAUGUCCAACAGACAGAUCGGUUAUACAAUAAAAUACAAACUACUAGAUCUAUAUAUGGAUUUUCAAAAAAGCAUUUUCAAGGACUGCGAUUUCGAGAAAAAAUUCGCAGAAAAACCCAUCAAUUUUCUCGAUCCAGUGUAUGGAGUAGACGGAGAACAUUUUACAGAAUAUUUACUUCCUGGUGUUGUGAACACAAUUGCUUAUUUCUCUGGAACACUUCUUACUUCCCAAAUAAUCUUGACGGAUAGACUAGAAGGUGUUUGGGAUAGAUCGGCUGUAGCUGGUGUUACUGCUAUGGAAAUAACGAUAACCCAUUUCAUCCUACAGUUCACACUCCUGCUGGUACAGAAUUUGGAAAUAUUUUUAGUUGCCUUCCUAUUUUUCGAAAUAUCCAGUGUUGGCAACUUAUUCACCCUCUACUUUUUCAUUGUUCUGGAAGGAAUUAAUGGAAUGGCCCUUGGUUUUUGGAUAUCCAUUGUGAGCAGCAAUUAUACGAUGGCAAAUAUUCUCACAUGCGGAGCGUUUUAUCCCAUGAUUUUACUUUGCGGAGUGAUAUGGCCGUUAGAAGCACAACCUAAAAUUUUGCAAUUCGUUUCAAAUACACUCCCUUUCACUAUACCUACUCAGUCCUUUAGGAAUGUCUUUAUGAAGGGGUGGGGCUUAGGCCAUUACGAAGUUUUAAAUGGAGUAGGCGUGGGAGUGCUCUGGUUAAUUUUAGUUAUAUCAAUUUGUAUUUUCAAGCUGAAAACAAUUCAGUGAGAACAUGAAUUAUUCGAAAUCUUGCACGUUUAUCUAGUAUUUCAUUUUCUGCCUCACAUCUUUUCUAUAUACUAGGAGGAAAACUUUGAGAUUGUAUCCAUUGAGUGCACUAAUAGAGUAUAAAAUAAAGCACAUAAAUCUUUCCAGAAAGGAGCAUUCACUCGUUCUAUGAGAUUUGUAUAUUUAGCUACAAAAGUGAUCUGUAUGUCAGUAGAAAAAAAGUUCGUUAAUAAACUUGAAUUUUUACAUGAA